UCAGGGCGUCGAUGAUAUGAGUAAUCUGAAACCUGUUGGAAGGUGUUGCUUGAAAAAAAAAUUAAUUUAUAUAAAUUAAUAAUUAUCAAGUUUUGAAGAAUUUUUCAGAGUUAUUCGUUCAUAUCUGGUGUUUAAAGCCAUUGCAAAAUGAAGAUCCUGAAUAAGCUACGUUGAAAGUUCUGGAUUCGGUGCAACAUUCAAAAACUCCGUCCUACCAUCGUCUCACUCGAAAUUCCUGUGGUUGGUAUUCGUUGAAAUGAAUUACGGUAGAAGAACACCGAGCAUGGGAACUCCGUCCAUUUAUUCUCACGUAACGUCCAGAUCGACAACGAAUUUAAAAUCUUCGAGAUCUAUAAAAUCGUUGAGAAUUCCUUGGUAUCAACGGCCCAUUCUUCAGGAUGCGUACUUCUUGGAUAUCCAAAGGGGAUCGCUAUUAGUUGCUUGUUACUCAUUGUUUUUGAGUAUUUUCACCAUAGCUCAGUCAAUUUUUGACGUGUAUUGCUUAGCUAUGGCUGCGCCCGGAUCCAGUCAUUACGGUUACUAUAUAAUUAGCUAUCAAUUUGUUUAUGUGGGAAGUGCUUGGGUGAGAAAUUUGUUGAUAUUGUUCGGACUAUUUUCGUUGGUUGGCGGAUUUGUGAUUUUCGUCACUAGCAUUAUUUUAAUUAACGCUCUGCGAAAGGAAUACGAGAAACGAAUCCCAGCUUGGCUGUACGCGUUCGCAGCUUUUACAAUUUUCAGAUUCGUAGCUUGGGUUUUCAUAUCCAUCGUCAACGAUCAGAUAUUUUUCUACAAUAUUACCAUGUUGCUGCUGUGGGGUUGUUUUACAGCUUUGAACGUAUACGGUUGGCUUUUAGUGUACUCGUUGUAUUUAGAAUUAUCAGAUCUGUCAAAAUUGGAAGAUUUAGCUCAUCUGAGGAUGGGCACUAUGGCUUCUUUGAACGCUUCUACCACUCAUUCAUUGGCCGGAUCUCGACCAACAACACCUCAUAGCACUGUUUCAACUGCACCGGCCGUUUGAUCGCACUGUUCUCGACACGUUUGUAGUUUAGUUGUACUACUCACUCGAUUCUCAUCGUCAUUUUUUAUUUAUUCGACUUUUUUUUCUAUCACUCGAUUUGUAUUUUUUUUUUACACUCGAAUGAAUGAUCUGAGGUUUUAUUCUUAUUUUAUUCCGUCCAUGUUGUAGAACACUGUUUUAUUUUAUUUUUUGGUUCAUUUCGUGUUUUUUUUUAUUUUUUACAUUUUUUUUGCACUUAUUUUUGCAAAACGUGUGGAUUUUUUUAAUUGAUUGAUCUGUGCAUUUUUUAAAAUCCAUUUUGUAUUACUUAUUUACGUUGUAUGAUCUGGUUUUUUGUAACUUUUAUACUUUUUUUUAACAGGUUAGUCUGUUGUUAUUGUGUACCUAUUUUAUUUAGGUACUCGUAGAUAUUUAUUACGACCUACGUGUUAUUAUUUUUGACUGCUCUAUCGACUUUAAAGUGAAUAAAUUCAUCUUCGAGUUACUUUA